AUGGCGGCGCAAGUUUCCGACCACCUUGAGCCGUGGCACACCCUCGCCGGAAAAGUGGUGAUGGUUACCGGCGCUUCCUCCGGCCUCGGCCGCGACUUCUGCCUCGACCUCGCCCGCGCCGGCUGCCGGAUUGUCGCGGCGGCACGCCGCGUCGACCGACUCGUGUCGCUCUGCGCCGAAAUUAACCGCAGUUUGCCGCCGCAGGAAAUCGGCGACGCUGAACGGAGCCUCCGCGCCGCUGCGGUGGAACUGGAUAUCACAGCCGACGGCCCUGCCAUUGAGAGGUACGUGCAGAAGGCGUGGGAGGCGUUUGGCCACAUUGAUGCGUUAAUCAACAAUGCCGGUAUUAGAGGAAAUGUGAAAUCAGCCUUGGAAUUAUGUGAGGAGGAAUGGAAUCAAGAGUUCAAGACGAACAUAACUGGGACCUGGUUGGUGUCAAAAUAUGUGUGCAAACACAUGAGUGAUGCACACCGGAAAGGGUCAAUUAUCAACAUUGCUUCAAUUGCAGGUUUGAAUCGCGGUCAAUUGCCUGGAGGUGUUGCAUAUUCAUCUUCGAAAGCAGGCGUUAAUAUGCUCACAAGGGUGAUGGCAUUGGAAUUGGGGCCACAGAAAAUAAGAGUGAAUUCCAUAUCACCUGGACUUUUCAAAUCUGAAAUCACUGAGAAAUUAAUGGAGAAUUGGUUGAAUAACGUGGCCUUGAAAACAGUACCCUUGAGGAAAUUCGGCACUGCCGAUCCAGCAUUAACAUCGAUGGUUCGUUUUUUAAUUCAUGAUUCUUCUGAAUAUGUGUCAGGCAACAAUUUUAUUGUGGACGCCGGAGCCACCUUACCAGGUGUACCUAUUUAUUCCUCCUUUAAAUGA